AUGGCGUCAGUGUUCUACAUCUUAGACAGCAAGGGUGCCCCGCUCAUCUGCCGCUCGUACCGUGGCGACAUUCAGCAGAACCCGCCGGAGGUAUUUCAACGCCGUGUUCUGGACGAAGAGGAAUUUCGUGUUACACCUGUGUUUGAGGAACAAGGCCAUACGUACUGUUUCAUUCGCGUGAAUGAUGUCUUCUUUUUGAUGGUUAGUAAGAUCAAUAUAUGUCCUGUACAGCAAAUUGCUUACAUGCAUGCAUGCACCAAGGUGUUUGAAGGAUAUUUCAAACGUGUCUCUGAAGAGACCGUUGUGGAUAACUUCGUUAUUGUAUAUGAGCUUCUGGAUGAGAUGUGUGACUUUGGCCUACCACAGUACACGGAGGCGAAGGUAUUGAAGGAAUAUAUCACACAAGAAGGCCUUAUCUCGUAUUUAAUGCCGGAAGAGAAAUUAACUGUGAAGGCCCUGCCAGCAGCGGUGACGGGUGUGGGUGGGGGAACACCGUGGCGUAUGCCGGGGAAGUACAAAUACCGCAGGAACGAGGUGUUUUUAGACGUGGUGGAAAGCGUCAGCCUUCUCGCGUCGCCGGAGGGGGAAACGCUCUCCAGCGAAGUUGUGGGCCAACUGAAGAUGCGGGUUCGACUCUCCGGCAUGCCCACGCUGAAGCUCGGCCUGAACGACAAGGCUGUGCUUGGAAUGACACGGCGACAAGGGCGACUGAUCGAAAUGGCCGACGUGAAGUUCCAUCAAUGUGUACGCCUCGAUCAGUUUGAGAGCGACCGCAUCAUCACCUUCAUCCCACCCGAUGGUGAGUUUGACCUCAUGACAUACCGCACAAGCAAGAAGAUCACCCCACUUGUGCAUGUGGACUGUGCAUGUGUCAGCAUGAGUUCGACGCAGGUGGAAAUGCACAUCACAGCCCGCACAACAUUUCGGCGCAACACGACGGCAGACUUUAUUGACAUCCUCAUUCCCAUCCCAGGCGAUGCGGAUAAACCGGAGGCGAAAUGUUCUCUGGGGAAACUCCGCUACGCGCCAGAGUCGAGUGUACUCAUCUGGAGCCUACGUAACACUGGAGGGGGAAAGCAGUUCAGCUGCCUGUGCAAAUUUCAUCUGCCGUCAGUACGCAGCAGCGAUCCAAAGGCUCUUCAGAAGGCACCCAUCCAAGUGAAGUUUGAGAUUCCGUUCCUCACCGCCUCCGGCUUCCAGGUGCGCUACCUGAAGGUGAUGGAAAGGUCCAACUACGAGGCGCUGCCGUGGGUCCGGUACGUCACACAAAGCGGGGACUAUCAGAUAAGAACAUAUUGA